AUGGUGAAAAAGGUACUGUGUGUCGCGGAGAAGAACGAUGCGUCCAAGAGCAUAUCCAAUCUCCUUACGAGUCCGGCCAAGCCAACUUUGCGGAAUGGGCCUGCCAAAUAUAACAAGUUGUAUUGCUUUCAGGUAGGAUGACAUGUUUAGGCAAUGUGAUUGUUUAGUACAAUCUCUGUGGACCAAAUUCGAAUGUCGUAUUCACAAGUGUGUCGGGUCACCUGAUGAAUUACGAAUUCCCGUCAUCGAUGAAGAACUGGGCGGGGGUGCCCAUUUCAAAUUGUUUUACCGAGCCGCUGAUUUAUCAAGUUUCCGAUGAAAUGAAGGCUGUAGAGCGUCAGUUGCGGUAAGAUUCUCGCUUCUUUCGUCUUACUUUUUCAGGAACGAAGCCAAGGAUGCGGAUGCUCUUGUGAUUUGGACAGAUUGUGACAGAGAAGGCGAGAAUAUUGGAGCCGAAGUGGUGAAGGUCUGCAAGUCCGUCAAAAGAAAUCUUCCUGUUUAUCGAGCCAGAUUCUCCGAGAUUACAGCGGCUUCGGUUAGAAGAGCCAUCAAUAAUCUCGUUCAGAUGGACCAGAAUGUUGUGGAUGCAGUGUACUGUAGAAUGGAAUUGGAUCUGAGGAUUGGUGAGGAUAAUUAUUAAAUCAACAAAACAAUUUCUAUAUUUCAGGCGCUGCCUUUACGCGAUUGCAAACCCUCUACCUGAAAAAUCAUUGCCCUCAGGCGUUGAGUGAGGUAUCAGGGCAAAGUGUAAUAUCAUAUGGGUCUUGUCAAUUCCCAACCCUUGGCUUUGUCGUCGAGAGAUACCUAGAACAUGAGAACUUUCUACCGGAACCAUUUUGGAAACUUGUCGGUAAGAUCUGAUAUUAUAUUAUACUUGUUGAGCCAUGUAGGCCGUGAUGAAGCGAAAAACGUUGAUUUCAAUUGGGCUCGAAUAAGAUUGUUUGAUGAAGAAACCGUCCAGAUGUAUUACAACUUAUGUAAUGAGAAUAUGAAGCCAUCAGUAACAGCAGUCGACAAGAAACCGACCAGUCGACUGAGGCCGAACCCCUUGGAUACGGUAGCUCUGGAAAAAAUGGGCUCAAAGAAACUGAAAUUAACAGCGAAAAGAACGAUGGCGGCAGCUGAGAAGUUGUAUAUGCAGGGAUUUAUUUCUUAUCCUAGGUAGGCUACAGUAACCCUAAAAUGAUUACAUGCCUGGGAUCCAUUUGAAACUACUGUUCAAACUUAUUUCCAGGACAGAAACAAAUCAAUUUCCGCCAAAGUUCGGACUGGAAGCUUUAGUCCAGGAACAGCUGAAUAACCCGGAAUGGGCACAGUUUGCCCAAUCAGUACUCAGUCAGCCAAAUGGCCCCAACCCAAGAAACGGAAGGAAGUCUGAUGCUGCUCACCCUCCCAUCCAUCCAUUGAAAUGCGCAACAAAGUGAGGAGAGCAAUGUCAGAUCAGGUUAAUGUAAAUAAAUAAAUUAUUUCAGGCAAACGUUCGCCAAUAAACUGGAUGAAUGGUUGGUAUACGAACUGGUGACUCGACAUUUCUUAGCCACCUGCUCUCGAGACGCCAAAGGAGAAGAGACCAAAGUUACAGUAAGAUUUCUUAUUAUUUCCUUUUAAUUAAAUUAACAAUGACAGUAUCCCUUUUUAGGUCGGAAUAAAUGGCGAAGAGUUCUGGGCAUCCGGCCUUGUAGUCCUAGACGAGGGAUACCUGGCUGUCUACAAGUACGACAAAUGGUACGGGAAGCAGAUCCCUUUCUACGCCGUUCACGAGAGUUUGCCAAAGUUUUCGAUUAAUAUCAACAGUGGGUUAACCACUGCUCCUGCAUUGUUAACUGAGUCCGAUCUGAUUGCUUUGAUGGAUAAACAUGGGAUUGGAACUGAUGCCACCCAUUCGGAACAUAUCGAAAAGAUCAAGAGCCGACAGUAUGUACAAGUCAACCAUGAACAGAGAUUCGAACCAACUUUUAUGGGAUUGGCGUUGGUGGAUUGUUACAAGCGAAUGGGGCGAGAUGAAUUCAGCAAACCCGCGCUGAGGGCGCAGCUCGAACAGGAAUUGGUCAAAAUCAGCGAAGGUCAGUGUUUAUUCUGAUAGUGUGAUGGGGAAAUUCGCCGGGUGGUAUGACUGUUUUAGGGCGCAGAACCAAGGAUGAUGUCCUCCGUGAGCAGCUCCGCAUUUAUCGUCAAAUUUUCGACUUCGCUGAGCGCAAUAUCAACGUCUUCGGCGAUUCGAUUCGCACUUUUUUGCAGAGAAUGCGGCAGCCAAACUAG